AUGCGCAUAAUGAGGCAUUUCCCUCGAAACACGUUCGAUACAGAGGCGAAAAACGCCACAGAUCUCGCCGCGCGCCGGCGCGUGGUCUCCUUAUACAUAAAGCGAUAGCGCGCGGCGAUUCCGGCGCCGCGCCGCGCCCCACCGGCGGUGAAUUAGACGUAAAGCUGUCUGCAAGAGGCGUGCGCCGAGGACACGAAGGGCCAGACUUGCUUCAUCUGCACGCAAGCCCUCCACUGGAAGACAAAGGAGGGCCUCGUACGUGGGUGUGCGUGCCGCGGAACGGCGGGUUUCGCGCAUGUGUCGUGCUUGGCGGAGCAGGCGAAGAUUCUGCUCGCGGAGGCCGAGGAGAACAAUUUGGGCGAGAAGGUGGUGAAUGCGAGGUGGAUGAGGUGGUCCGAGUGCAGCCUGUGCGAGCAGAAGUAUCACGGCGUCGUGCGGUGCGCGCUCGGGUGGGCCUGCUGGAAGACGUACGUGGACCGGCCAGAGACAGAUAAGCUACGGCAAGUUGCGAUGAACCAGCUUGGGCUCGGUUUAUCUAGUGCAGAACACCACGCGGACGCAUUGUCCGUGAAUGAGGCCCAGUUGUCUAUGGGGCGGCGACUUGGCUAUGCAGAGUACAACAUGCUCGCCAUGCAGAGCAAUCUUGCGUUGACGUAUGAAGUACUUGGACGGCUUGAUGAAGGCCUGCGCUUGCGGCAAGACGUAUACUCUCGAACUUUGAAACUCCUUGGAAAAGAACAUAGCGACACUCUUUUAGAAGCCAACAACUACGCGGGCUUCCUUAUUACUCUAGAGCGCUGCGAGGAAGCCAAGUCACUAUUGCUAAAAGUGAUGCCCGUGGCGCGACGCGUCCUCGGGGAGAAUAAUGAGGUCACGCUCAGGCUGAGGUGGACUUACGCGAAGGCGCUCUACAAGGACCCCGACGCCACGCUCGACGAUCUCCGCGAGGUCGUGGCGACACUCGAGGAUACGUUGCGGACCGCGCGGCGCGUGCUCGGUGGCGCGCACCCAGCCGCGCGGGCGAUUGAACGCUGCUUGGAAGAGUCGCGAGCCGCGCUCCGCGCCCGCGAAGCGCCGCUGCCGGGCAGCGCCUAA